AUGAGUUCUGAAGAAGCCGAAAAUACCAAUACCAAGACCGAAACACCUACUGAUGAUAAAAAACUGUAUAUCCUAUUGCUUUCAAAACUAAUUACAUCAAUGCCAGUUGAUCAUUUGAAAAAUGUUUAUCAAAAUUUCAUUUCUAAAGAGUCUAAAUCUCAAGUAUCUUUGGAACAAUGCGAAGAAUUGUACAAAAAGCUGUUAUAUGAACCGAACUUUGCAAAAGAAAUAAUUCAAAAUCCAGAUUUUAAGAAAAAGACCAUUAAAUCUGUUCAACCAACAAAAGAAGAGGAAUUUUAUGUUUACUUAGUUAAGAAAUUUUACGGAUCUGCAUGUUUAAAGGAGUUAACAACAAACUUGAGAUCUCAUCUCCUAUUUCACCAUUCUGAUCAACAAAUUAAAAAGAUUUACGAGUCUGUAUCAUCCCUUGAUUCUACUAAACUUUCCAUGCUACUUGUUUCUUAUGCUUAUCAACUAGCAAAUGAUGAAGCUUCAUGUAUCAAUGAAAAGUUCACUAAAGAAGAAUUGGAAGAAGCAGGAGUUAGCCAAGAGCUUUAUGAUUGGUGGAAGCAGUCUAUUAACAUUCCAGAAGAACAUUCUACACAAGCAGAAUUGAAUACAAAUUUAAUUCCAGAUUCGAAGAUCGAAACUAUUGAAAAAUCAUUAGAAUUCUUAACACAAUCAAGCCAUCCAUAUUUUGGAAUCAUUUCUUCGUUAGAAAAAGAUUAUAUUGUUAAAUCAAAACAUUAUUUAAUUUACGAUGAAAAUAUAGAAGAUACAGACUUACUACUAACAGAAGUACCAGAAUUUACAAAGCCUCCGAAUGGAAAUUACGGAGCUUUAAUUAUGUUCAAGAAAGAUCUCGAAUUUUACCUCGAAAAUGUCGGAUCCGAAACAAUAAUUGUCGAUGCAAUCGAUGUUUUGCCAGGAGAAACGAUUUACCUUAAAGAUAACGCUGUUAUUGAAUUUGGAGAACCAGCUUUGGUAUUUAAGAUCAACUGGGUAUUUGUAAAUAAUGUCCGCAGUUCAAUGGCUGGAACACCCAACGCAUUAUAA